AUGAAGGUCAUCGCAUUGUUUAUUGUGCUAUGUCUAGCGCAAUCCAUCACAGGAUGUUGGCGUGCCCAGACCCUCACUUUUGGGAAAUUCAAAAACAUUGGCCUUCUAACAUUUGCAUACAAAUAUAUGGGGGAUAUGGUUGUGGAUUGGUUCCAACGAAAAUUCGACAAAAACGAUCCAUUCGGCAAUUAUAAGGUUCUCUCAUAUAAGGAUGGAGGCCGAUUCGAAUUCGUUCAUUACCCUUUCUUCGUUCUGCAAUACGAUGAGAGGAGGGAAAUUUACAAACCAUACUACUUUGAAUACAUAGAGGAGGAGGACAAGACAACAAAGAAGUUCACUCGCAAAAUAGGUCCGUUGACCGAAGAGGAAUUCACAACUAAAUAUAACCAUUGCAAAAGUGGUGAUAAUGGUCGUCUUGAACAAAACUUUGUCCACUUCGAUGAAAAUAAAUUUCGCAGUUGUGAUAUUGUGUAA